AUGGGGAAGAAAAAACGCGGCCACCCCGACCUCGAGGAGCUACUCGCAAGACCAUGGUGCUAUUACUGUGAGCGUGACUUCGAUGACCUGAAGAUCCUUAUCUCUCAUCAAAAAGCAAAGCACUUCAAAUGCGAGAGAUGCGGAAGGAGAUUAAACACAGCCGGAGUACAUAUGAGUCAGGUCCAUAAAGAGUCGUUAUCUCAGGUCGACAAUGCACUUCAGAACCGGUCAAGUCUUGAUAUUGAAAUUUUUGGCAUGGAAGGUGUACCAGAGGAUAUCCUGCAGGCCCAUAACCAGCGUGUCCUGCAGCAGUAUCAGCAGGCUGAAGCGGAGCGUCGUGCGGCGACGGGGAACCCUGCGCCAGGAACGUCGGGGGGUUCUGGGCAAUCAAAGAAACCAAAGUUCGAGUCUCCGUCCGAGCUGAAGAAGCGGCUUGCAGAGCAUAAGGCACGGUUGGCGGAGCAGGCUGCGGGUGGGAGCAGCGGGGAUGCUACUCCCGUUGGAGCGGGACAGUCACAGUCAACGCCGAGCGGAACUCCAUAUCAGCAGCCUAGUACGCCUCAAUACACUGCUCCUCCACAAGGAACAAAUGGCUCUGGCCAGGAGUAUCAUUACUCUGCUCCUUAUGGACAACCGCCGAACCCCUUCCCACAACAGCAGCAGCCUGGUUCUGCGGUGUAUGUGUCUUCAUCUGGGCCCCAGGGCUACCCCUUGCCUCAAUAUUCUCCUCCAAACAUAUCACCAUCAGCAUACCCCCAGGUUACAGCUCCUUCGAUUGUUUCACCGGUAGGAGCCAGUCCUACACUGCCAUACCACCACCACCAGCCGCAGGCUAUGAGAACUCAUACCCCUCCUCAAACCAUACCCCCCACCUACCCUGCCCGUACACCAAGCCUACCACCGGCUCCAGGACUACCUCAACGACCCAGUUUUGGUGCACCACAAGUCAAUGCCUUUCAAAUGCAACAGCUACACCACGGGCAGGUCUCGGCACCUCCUUCUGCUGUCCCGGUUACGACAGAGGUGCAAGGCAACCGUGCCCACCCUGCUGCAGAUGCCCAUUCUGAGUCACUGUCAGCAUCCGCCGAUAAACUGAUUUCAGAGGCUGCCAAGCAAGCCAAAGAGUUACCAGCUAAGCCAAGCCCCGCCCCAGGAACCCCUGAAGAAGGGGCUGCUGGUAAACCUUCGAAGAAAGAAAAAGCUAAGUCCACCAGACUAGUUUAUUCCGACAAUGAAAUCAGCCCGGAGGAAAAACUGUCUCGUUUGCCUAGGUACGCCUUUGUCCCUGAAAGGAGAGACGAGGCUGCUGUGGAGGAGACAGCUGUUGAACCCGCUGCUGGUUCCGAAGAGGCUGUCAGCCUUCCAGUGUAA